UAGUCCAGCCCCCUAGUAUAUAAGGGGCUGAAGUCUCUAUUCUCACCCUCUAAGUUCCUGGCAAUUAAAGAAAGCACAAGUCCUGUACAACUCAAGUCCAGCAUAUCUACGCCAAAGCCUAUAAACCUGCAGCCACAUCAAAUCUGGAAGUCGUAUGGAAAAACUAGUGAAUAUCAUGGAAAAAUACAUUUUGGGGGAAAAAAACCCACAAAGAAAACUACACGUCACUCUUAGUAAAUGAGGGUCGAUGCCUGCAUGACCACAAGUCGAGGAGAUUUUGUGUUUUCGGCUGACCGCUUGAUACGGUUAGUGGUUGAGGAAGGUUUGAAUCAGCUGCCAUACACAGAAUGUACUGUUACUACACCUACAGGUUACAAAUAUGAGGGAGUAAAGUUUGAGAAAGGGAACUGUGGAGUCAGCAUUAUGAGAAGUGGUGAGGCCAUGGAACAAGGUCUACGUGAUUGCUGCCGCUCAAUCAGAAUUGGAAAGAUAUUGAUCCAAAGUGAUGAAGAAACACAACGUGCCAAAGUUUACUACGCUAAAUUUCCACCAGACAUUUAUAGGAGGAAGGUCUUGUUGAUGUAUCCAAUACUAAGCACUGGAAAUACUGUUAUUGAAGCUGUAAAAGUUCUUAUUGAACAUGGCGUCCAACCGGCAUGUAUCAUACUGCUCAGUCUGUUCUCCACUCCACAUGGUGCCAUCUCCAUAAUCCAGGAGUUUCCCGACAUAACCAUUUUAACCACUGAGGUCCACCCAGUCGCUCCAACACACUUUGGACAGAAGUAUUUUGGUACAGACUGACCAUAUGGAUCCUCCUGAUGCAAGGGGGGUAUAUCGAAUGACUAUUGCCUCAGUCUUGCAGUGUUCUGGCCAAUAUUCAGUGCCUUGCCACCUACUGCUUGGAUGGGGCACUAAAGUAUGCAAUCUUUUUACUGUACAUGAUUUUUCAAGCUUGGCCAUCAACCACAGAACCUGAAUGGUGUUUUUACUUGGUGUCCAUUGCUUACCCACCUUGUGUUCAAUGCACAUUCCAUUCCAAAUCCGCUUUUACCCGUGUGCUGAGGAGUUCAAGGGCAUCAAAUACUAUUUAUUUAUUUGUAUUAACGGAAAAACUGAACAAUAAAUUUGGUGAUAUGACUACUGGGUAGUAGAUUUUUCUUUUC